UUUUAUUUAUUUAUGGUUUGUGUGAGUGUGUGGGUUAGCUUUUGAAUUUUCUUAAUUUUUAUGCAAACAUGGAAAAGGACAUGCGAUAAGAUAAUAAUCUGAAUCUAGGUAGUUGUUGAUGGAGCUCCAGCUGUUUUGAGAAACCCUAAAUCAAAGACUAUUGUUGGCACAGAAGUAAUGGGGACAGAGCUUAUGAGAAUCUGUGUUAAAGAUGAAAGUGAUGAUUUGCCAUCUGUUCCUCCUGGGUUUGAAUCAUAUGCCACUUUCACCUUAAAAAGGCUACCCCCUGGUUCUUCUGAUAAAGCCAUGCCUCCUCCCAUUGAAACUGUUCCUGUUACCGAACAACCCAAGAUGGAAAUUGAGUCCGAUGAAUCCAAAGCUGCUCCUUCUCUUCGCCGUAUUAGACCUUGGAUUAAUAUUGAUGAUGAUGAUGAUGUUGCUAACAAUGACAAUGCCGCAUCACAACAACAUCUUGAUCAAAAUUCUGUCGUCGAGCCUUCUUUACCAAAGGGUGUGGUUAGGGGUUGUGAAGAAUGUAAAGACUGCCAAAAGGUAACUGCGAAAUGGCAUCCAGAUGAAGCUCGUAGGCCUGACCUUGAAGACGCUCCUGUAUUCUACCCGAGCGAAGAGGAGUUUGAAGACACUUUAAGUUAUAUAGCUAAAAUAAGACCGCAAGCUGAAAAGUAUGGAAUCUGUCGCAUUGUUCCUCCUCCUUCCUGGAAACCCCCCUGCCCACUGAAAGAAAAGCAAGUCUGGGAGGGUUCUAAAUUUGCGACACGUGUCCAAAGAGUUGAUAAACUUCAGAACCGGAGUUCAAUGAAGAAGAUUUCAAAGCUUUCUAAUCAAAUGAGAAAGAAGAAAAGAAAGUGCAUAAAAACGGGAACGGAUUCUGUCACUAAUGGCAUGAGCGAUUCCUGUUCUGCAAGCACUGGAAUGAGUGAACUUGAGACGUUUGGGUUUGAGCCUGGUCCAGGGUUCACACUAAAAGACUUCCAAAAAUAUGCUGAUGAUUUCAAGGCUCAGUAUUUUAAAAAGAGUGAAACUUCUACAGACAAUGACUGUAUAGUUGGUAAUUCCAUAGACUGCUGGGAGCCAGCAGUUGAGGAUGUUGAAGGUGAAUAUUGGCGGAUAGUAGAUAAAGCAACUGAAGAGAUAGAGGUUCUAUAUGGUGCUGACCUUGAAACUGGGGUAUUUGGUAGUGGAUUUCCCAAGACAUCAUCAAGUCACAAUGCUUCUUCUUCAGAGGAAAUAUAUGCAAGAUCAGGCUGGAACUUAAAUAACUUUCCAAGGCUUCCGGGAUCCCUCCUUAAGUACGAGGGCAGUGAUAUUUCCGGUGUCCUUGUGCCGUGGUUGUAUAUUGGGAUGUGCUUUUCUUCUUUCUGUUGGCAUGUUGAAGAUCACCACUUGUAUUCGUUGAAUUAUAUGCACUGGGGUGCACCAAAAUUGUGGUAUGGUGUUGGGGGGAAGGAUGCUGUUAAACUCGAGGAUGCAAUGAGAAAGCAUUUGCCGGACCUUUUCGAAGAACAGCCUGACUUGCUUCAUAAGCUGGUUACACAACUCUCCCCAUCAAAACUGAAAACCGCAGGAGUACCUGUGCACCGUUGUGUCCAGCAUGCUGGAGAGUUUGUCUUGACUUUUCCCCGGGCAUAUCAUGCCGGGUUUAAUUCUGGUUUCAACUGUGCUGAAGCGGUUAAUGUAGCACCAGUUGACUGGUUGCCUCAUGGGCAGAUUGCCAUAGAAUUAUACUGUCAACAGGGUAGAAAAACGUCCAUCUCGCAUGAUAAAUUAUUGCUUGGGGCAGCAAGAGAAGUAGUGAAAGCUGACUGGGAGCUGAACUUACUAAAGAAAAAUACUGUAGAUAACUUAAGGUGGAAAGCAUUCAGUGGAAAGGAUGGAAUUUUGGCAAAAACGCUCAAGGCACGCAUUGACAUGGAACGUACCAAAAGAGAAUUCCUGUGCAACACUUCACUUGCAUUGAAGAUGCACAGUAAUUUUGAUGCUACCAACGAGAGAGAGUGCUGUAUAUGUUUCUUUGACUUGCACCUGUCUGCUGCUGGUUGCCGUUGUUCCCCAGAGAAGUAUUCAUGUUUGAGUCAUGUGAAGCAGUUGUGUUCAUGUUCAUGGGUUACUAAAUAUUUUCUAUUUCGCUAUGAUAUCGAUGAACUGAAUGUACUUGUUGAGGCAGUGGAAGGGAAACUGAGUUCUGUAUAUAGAUGGGCGCGUCAAGAUCUAGGAUUGGCAUUAACUACACAAAUUUCAGGAACCAAGAUGGAGAUAGAUGAGGAAGAGAAAGUGCACAAGGACCUGAGUCCACAGGCAGCUGCAAUUUCAGCGAAAGAUUUGCAGUUGAAAGUAACAUUAAGAGAAGAUCUAAGCAAAGGGUUAGAGAAGACGAGUAAAUUAUCAGAUGUUAAUUUACUUCUGAAAGACAAGGAGGAGCAGUUAACGUCAAGCCACUGUAUAAAGCCUGUCAAAGAAGAAACUGUAUAUGAUUCUUCUGAUCCAAAAGUUUCAGCUUGCCAAUCAUCUGAAGGAGGUAUACUUUCUGUGACAACUGCAAAGUCCGUUAGUGGUAAAAAGAAUUCACAGAUUCUACCCAAUGAUGUGAUACUCCUCAGUGAUGAUGAGCAUGACAAACCUAGGAAACGAGGUUCGGUGAGAAGAGAUGCAGUUUCUUCUGGCAACAAACUGGACGUACGAGAGAGACCAACCCACGUUUUAGCAUUAGAAGCUUCUGCUAAAAUUGCUGCUCCAGUUUGCCGAAGGCUAGGAGAUUCUUUGCCUCAUACCCGAAACGCUAUAUCAUUGCCUACUAAUGUCCAAAGAGCGACGAGGGUGGAUGUACCGAGUUCUGCAUCGCACAUGGAAGUUAAUGCCGAGGCUGGUGGGCUUGCUCAGGAUAUAUGUAACAGAAUAAACACUAAUAACCACGGUGGUGAAAAAGCUACUAGUUGUAAACCCAAAAAGUCUGGAGGUUUGGUGAUAUUGGAUGUGGUUGAUGGGGCAAGAAGUAAUUCAGGUACACCAUCUUGUUCGCAAAACAAUAGUCCAGAUGGGUUCAUUCGCCAAAAGGGUCCCCGUAUUGCAAAGGUCGUGAGGAGAAUCAAUUGCAAUGUAGAGCCUUUAAGUUAUGGAUGUGUGUUUUCUGGAAAAUCAUGGUGCAGCCGCCGAGCAAUUUUCCCUAAAGGAUUUCGUAGCCGGGUUAGGUACCUAAACAUUUUGGAUCCAAGAAAUAUGUGCUUCUACAUUUCAGAAAUUCUGGAUGCUGGACGCGACAGUCCAUUGUUCAUGGUUUACUUGGAGAGUAAUCCCAGUGAGGUGUUUGUUCACUUGUCGCCUACAAGAUGCUGGGAGAUGGUAAAAGAUAGAGUGAACCAGGAGAUAAGUAAGCAACACAAAGCCGGAAAAUCAGAUCUUCCUCCUUUGCAACCCGCUGGGAGUCCCGACGGUUUUGAAAUGUUUGGAUAUUCAUCACCCGCAAUUGUACAGGCUAUCGAAGCAUUAGACGUGAAUCGAGUAUGCACAGACUAUUGGGAUUCCAGGCCUUAUUCGCGACCACAAGUUCAGUUCCCUGCAAAUCCUCUUCCCAGAGAAGCCAACUCAAGUGUCAGAUCAUUGGGUGUAGGCAAUCUUCAGAAUGCCCCCCAACACCGGUUAUUACCUACCGGAACAAACUCUAUUCUCAAAGUUCUGUUCAAGAAAGCUAACAUGGAGGAACUAAGCUCACUUCAAGAGGUUUUAAGUGAGUCUAACUCGGAUUUGGCGACCGAACUUGUGAAGGAAGAGCUCCAGAACCGUCGUUGAUAUAAUUAGAAGGGGAUUGAUUUUAGUGUGUACAUACGGAGUUGAAUCCAGUUACUGUUUUGCAGGAUGAGGCUCCCUUCCCUGCUCAUUCUUUUUGGCACCCUUACAGAGGAAGGAUAUAAACAUAUAACUAAAAAAACCCAGUUUCUUCUUCUGUCUCAUAACAAAAAGAAAAGAGAGAGAGAAAGAUAGAAGUUUAUAUAGGGUUCUUAAAACCAUUAGUUUUGGAUACUAGUCGCACUCAUGUGUGGCUUGGUUUCCACAUCAGUUUACUAGUAUGACAUUGUUUCUCUGUUUUGAAGUCCAAAGGACAUGAAUUUAAAGGACAA